UUCUUUCCUGAAACAGACUGUUUCAUCACCACGUUCAAACCACUAUCCGCUAUUUCAGCUGGCAAGAUAAAAGUAGCAAAGAAAUGCAAUGUAUUUUGAAAAUCCACCGAUUGUCAGGUCACCGAGAUGCUCCGUUUUGACAGAGCUAUUCCUGCCUUUCCCUCCUCCUCCCUGCUGGACCUCAGCGGAAGAGAGGACAGGACACGCCUGCCACCUUCCCUUUUCCACUCCACGGCGCUCAUGCCCGUGAGAGCCCAGCUUCUUUUGCAGUCGCAGCCCGUGUCGUUCAUUUUUGCGGUGAAUGAACCCCGAGGAGCCGGAGCUCGGGGGACGCGGUUCCCCCACACGCCUGCGCCCGGGCCCCCCUGCGGACGCGGCCUGGCAGGAGGAGGAGGAGCAGCCGCGGUCGAGCCCGUGCUGCCGGCGGCCGAUGGCGGCGGGCGGCGGGGUCGGGCUGCUGCCCUUCCUGCGGCUGCUGGGGCAGCUCAAGAGAGUACCGCGCACGGGAUGGGUGUACAGGAACGUGGCGAAGCCAGAGAGCGUCUCCGACCACAUGUACAGGAUGGCGAUGAUGGCUUUGGUGACUGAAGACAAAAACCUUAACAAGGACAGAUGCAUACGGUUAGCUUUGGUUCAUGAUAUGGCUGAAUGCAUUGUUGGAGAUAUUGCUCCUGCAGAUAAUAUCCCAAAAGAGGAGAAACACAGGAGAGAAGAGACAGCUAUGCAACAGCUGACCCACCUUCUAUCAGAGGACCUCAGAAAAGAAAUCUAUGAACUCUGGGAAGAAUAUGAAAACCAGUCUACUGCAGAGGCCAAGUUUGUAAAGCAGUUGGAUCAGUGUGAGAUGAUACUGCAAGCAUUUGAGUAUGAAGAGUUGGAAAAGACACCUGGCAGACUGCAGGAUUUUUUUGAUUCAACUGCUGGGAAGUUUGUUCACCCAGAAAUACUCCAGCUUGUAUCUCUGAUUUACAUAGAAAGGAAAAAAAGAAUAGCUGCCACAUCUCCUCCACAUUCCUAAGGUGUUCCUAAAUGCUGUAGCCAUAAUAAAUACUUUGGUUUAUA